AUCGUGGUUCUCAUCUACCCUCAUCUUUCACUACAAACGCUAUAUAAAUUGCCAGAUUGUCUGCUCCGUGUGGUUCUUCAGAGCUUAAUUUUGCAUAAUACAAUCCAGUGUAGUGCCAAAAGAAUGAAGGCUUCUUAUUUGUUUUGGUUGUUAAUCUUGCUUGUUUUGAUUAAUGUUGCUUUGGGUAAGGAGUGUACCCACUCUCCUACUCAGCUUUCAUCACACACUCUUAGAUACGAGCUCUUAGCAUCAAACAAUGAGUCAUGGAGAGAGGAGAUGUUCUCACACUACCAUUUGAUUCCAACGGACGAGACGGCUUGGUCCAACUUGCAACCAAGAAAGAUGUCAAAAGGAGAACAGGAAUUUGAAUGGAUAACGACGUACCGGAAAUUGAAGAAUUCUGCUGGGUCCAAUUCAGCAGGGGAGUUCCUUAAGGAAGUAUCGUUGCAUGAUGUGAGAUUGGAUCCGAGUUCAGUUCAAUGGCGGGCGCAGCAGACAAACCUAGAAUACUUACUGUUGUUGGAUGUGGAUAGUUUGGUGUGGAGCUUUAGGAAAACGGCAGGUUUACCGACACAAGGAAAGGCAUAUGGUGGCUGGGAGGAGCCGACUUGCGAGCUCCGGGGUCACUUUGUAGGGCAUUAUUUGAGUGCGACUGCACAAAUGUGGGCAAGCACUCACAAUGAUAGUAUUGGAGAGAAAAUGUCUGCAUUAGUGACUGCUCUAGCCGCCUGUCAAGAGAAAAUGGGCACAGGAUAUCUUUCGGCUUUCCCAUCCGAGCAAUUUGAUCGUUUCGAAGCUAUCAAACCAGUCUGGGCUCCAUAUUACACCAUUGACAAGAUCAUGGCAGGUCUUCUGGAUCAAUAUACACUUGCUGGCAACAAGCAAACUUUGGCGAAUGUGAUCAUAAAUUACUCAAUAGAAAGACACUGGCUGUCACUCAAUGAAGAGACUGGUGGCAUGAAUGACGUCCUUUACCAGUUAUUCAGCAUGACGAACGAUACCAAGCAUCUGUUCUUGGCUCAUCUCUUUGAUAAACCUUGCUUUUUAGGAUUGCUUGCUGUGCAGGCCGACGACAUAGCUGGUUUUCAUGCGAACACUCAUAUCCCAGUUGUCGUUGGAGCCCAGAUGCGUUAUGAAGUUACUGGUGACCCGCUAUACAAGACAUUCUUCAUGGACAUUGUGAACUCCUCCCACAGCUAUGCAACAGGUGGCACAUCGCUCGGGGAAUUCUGGACGGACGCAAAGCGUUUAGCGACCACUCUUCGAGUGGAAAAUGAGGAAUCAUGCACCACAUAUAACAUGCUGAAGGUGAGUCGCAACUUGUUUAGAUGGACAAAAGAAGUUGCAUACGCAGAUUAUUAUGAGCGAGCAUUGACAAAUGGCGUGCUAAGUAUUCAGAGAGGGACUGAACCUGGUGUCAUGAUCUACAUGCUUCCUUUGGGUCAUGGGGUGUCCAAGGCCAGAAGCUUUCAUAAAUGGGGAACUCAGUUUGACUCCUUCUGGUGCUGCUAUGGGACAGGAAUUGAGUUGUUUUCGAAAUUGGGAGACUCUAUAUAUUUUGAAGAGCAAGGAGAAGUUCCCGGUCUUUACAUAAUUCAAUAUGUAUCGAGUUCACUCAACUGGAAAGCAGGGGGGACUGUGAUCAAUCAAAAAAUCGGUCCUCUGUCAUCGUGGGAUCCUUAUCUUCAAGCAACAAUUACUUUUUCGUUGAAGACAGCAGGGCAGUUGUCUACCCUGAAUUUCCGAAUACCGACUUGGAUGUCUUCAGCUGGUGCCAAAGCAGAAUUAAAUGGAAAUAGUUUGGAUCUACCAGCUCCAGGUAAUUUUCUCGUCACGAAGGGAAAAUGGAGCCCCAGUGACAAGCUGACCCUUCAGUUUCCCCCCCGUCUGUGGACAGAGGCUAUCAAAGAUGACCGAUCCGAGUAUGCUUCCGUUCACGCGAUACUCUAUGGGCCUUAUCUUCUUGCGGGGCUGACGAGCGGAGACUGGGAAAUCAAAGCUGAGCCAGAUGCUCCUCUGUCCGAUUGGAUAACUCCCAUUCCGGAUUCUUACAGUUCUCAGCUGCUCUCUCUUUCGCAAGAAUCAGGUGAUUUGUCAUAUUUCCUGACCAACACGAACCAAUCCAUCACAAUGGAGAAGUCUCCUGAGCCAGGCACUGAUUCGGCAGUCCACGCCACCUUCAGACUCGUCUCCAAAGAAUCCACCGCUUUAGGAAUCAGGUCACGAGGGGGCAUGAUCGGGAAAUCGGUCAUGCUCGAACCAUUCGACCUUCCCGGAAUGGUGGUAGUGGAAAAAGGGAAAGAUAAGGGCCUUGCAGUUGAGGGAUCAAGCGAGGGCAGCUUGUCCCUCUUCCGUGUGGUUGCAGGACUGGACGGGAAGGCCGAGACUGUGUCCUUGGAGUCGGAAAGCCAUGAAGGUUGCUACAUAUACACGGGGUUGAAUUACGACGAGGGUUCCAGCGUGAAGCUGGGUUGCGUCUCGGAUUCCUCAGACAGUAAGUUCAACGAAGCGAGCAGCUUUACGGUGGGAGACGCCCUAAGCUUUUACCAUCCUAUGAGCUUCGUGGCGAGGGGCGAAAAGCGGAGCUUCCUUUUGGUGCCGUUGAUGAGCUUGAGAGAUGAAUCGUACACCGUUUAUUUCGACAUCCAGUCUUGAAAGAUUGGUUUGUAUAGAAGUACCUCAGAAUAAACAGAAGAAUGCUUGGUUAGGAUUUUCAGAUCAGAAUGAUCAAACUGCAGUUUAUGCAACCAAAAAAAGCAAGGUUAAUGUAA